CGGGCCGCGUCUCCAGCGCUUCCUUCCUGGCGGCGCCGCGCUCCGGGAGCCGGGGACCAUGAGCCCCGCCGCGGAGCGGGCUGCCGGCCCCGCGUGCCCGCCGCCCCCAGCGCGGCCCCCGACCCCGCUGCUCCGAGUCCUGUGGUUGCUCUGCCUGCUGCCCGGCCCCGCGCGGGCCCGCGGCGCGGAGCAGCGCCAAGUGUUCCAGGUUCUGGAGGAGCAGCCGCCCGGGACGCUGGUGGGCACUAUCCAGACGCGGCCCGGCUUCACCUACCGGCUCAGCGAGAGCCACGCCCUGUUCGCCAUCAACGGCAGCACCGGCGUCCUGUACACCACGGCCACCAUCGACCGCGAGAGCCUGCCCAGCGACGUGAUCAACCUGGUGGUGCUGUCCAGUUCCCCCACCUAUCCCACUGAGGUGCGCGUGCUGGUGCGCGACCUCAACGACAACGCGCCGGUCUUCCCGGACCCCUCCGUCGUGGUCACCUUCAAGGAGGACAGCGGCAGCGGGCGCCAGGUGAUCCUGGACACCGCCACCGACUCGGACAGCGGCGCCAACGGCGUGGACCACCGCUCGUACCGCAUCGUCCGCGGCAAUGCGGCGGGGCGCUUCCGCCUGGACGUCACCCUGAACCCCAGCGGCGAGGGCGCCUUCCUGCACCUCGUCUCCAAGGGCGGGCUGGACCGCGAGGCCACCCCGCAGUACCAGCUGCUGGUGGAGGUGGAGGACAAGGGCGAGCCGAGGCGGCGGGGCCACCUGCAGGUGAACGUGACCGUGCAGGACAUCAACGACAACCCGCCGGUGUUCGGCAGCGCGCAGUACCGGGCGGGGGUGCCCGAGGACGCGGCCGUGGGCUCCAGCGUCCUGCAGGUGGCGGCGGCGGACGCGGACGAGGGGAGCAACGCGGACAUCCGCUACCGGCUGCAGGACGAGGGCACCCCCUUCCACAUGGACCCCGAGAGCGGGCUCAUCACGGUGCGCGAACCCCUGGACUUCGAGGCGCGGCGCCAGUACGCGCUGACGCUGCAGGCCACGGACAGGGGCGUGCCCGCGCUCACCGGCCGCGCCGAGGCGCUCAUCCAGCUGCUCGACGUGAACGACAACGAGCCCGUGGUGAAGUUCAGGUAUUUCCCCGCCACCUCGCGCUUCGCCUCGGUGGACGAGAAUGCGCAGGUGGGCACCGUGGUGGCCUUGCUCACCGUCACCGACGCUGACUCCCCGGCGGCCAACGGCAACAUCUCCGUGCAGAUCCUCGGGGGCAACGAGCAGCGCCACUUCGAGGUGCAGAGCAGCAAAGUGCCCAACCUGAGCCUCAUCAAAGUGGCCAGCGCCCUGGACCGCGAGCGCAUCCCCUCCUACAACCUCACCGUCUCGGUGUCCGACAACUUCGGGGCGCCCCCGGCCGCGGGGACCCGCGCGCGCUCGUCCGUGGCCAGCCUGGUGAUCUUCGUCAACGACAUCAACGAUCACCCCCCCGUCUUCGCCCAGCAGCUGUACCGGGUGAACCUGAGCGAGGAGGCGCCCCCAGGGAGCUACGUGAGCGGGGUGUCCGCCACGGACGGGGACUCGGGGCUCAAUGCCAACCUGCGGUACAGCAUUGUCUCGGGCAAUGAACUCGGCUGGUUCCGCAUUAGCGAGCACAGCGGCCUGGUGACCACGGCGGCCUCGGGGGGCCUGGACCGCGAGCUCCAGUCCCAGGUGGUACUCAACAUCAGUGCUCGCGACCAGGGAGUCCACCCCAGAGUGUCCUUCGCCCAGCUGGAGGUCACCCUGUGGGAUGUGAACGACCAGAAGCCAGUGUUCAGCCAGCCGCAAGGCUACGAGGUGGCUUUGGUGGAGAAUGCACCAGCCGGGACAGAACUGCUGGUGGUGGGGGCCACAGAUGGGGACUUGGGUGACAAUGGGACAGUCCACUUCUCCCUACAUGAGCCGGAGGGUGCCCGCAGGGCCUUCAGGCUGGACCCUUUGUCUGGGAGGCUGAGCACCGUGUCCUCUCUGGACAGGGAGGAGCAAGCUUCAUACUCUUUGCUGGUGACAGCCGCGGACCUGGGCACCCCUCCCCAGACGUCAGUGGCCCGUGUCAACGUAAGCCUGGUGGAUCUGAAUGAUAACACACCUGUGUUCUAUCCUGUCCAAUAUUUUGCUCAUAUCCAAGAGAAUGAGCCUGGAGGGACCUACGUCACCACCGUCUCUGCCUCCGACCCAGACCUGGGGCCCAAUGGAACGGUCAGGUAUGCCAUCUCCGCCGGGGACAGGUCCAGGUUUCAGAUCAAUGCUCAGAGUGGGGUGAUUUCUACCCGCAUGGCCCUAGAUAGAGAAGAGAAAACAGCCUACCAAUUGCAAGUAGUGGCUACGGAUGGUGGAAAUUUACAAUCGCCCAACCAGGCCAUUGUGACCAUCACAGUAUUGGACACGCAAGACAACCCACCCGUGUUCAGCCAGGCAGCCUAUAGCUUUGUGGUGUUUGAGAACGUGGCUCUGGGCUACCAGGUAGGCGGGGUGUCCGCCACCAGCAUGGAUCUCAACACGAACAUCACCUAUGUCAUCACCACCGGAGAUCAGAGGGGUGUGUUUGCCAUCCACCAGGCCACAGGACAACUGACCACAGCCAGUGCGAUCGACCGAGAAGAGCAAUCGUUUUAUCAGCUCAAAGUCGUGGCCAGCGGUGGUGCAGUGGCCGGAGACACGGUGGUGAACAUAACAGUGAAGGAUCUGAAUGACAACUCUCCUCACUUCCUCCAGGCAGUGGAGAGCAUCCAUGUGGUAGAGAACUGGCAGGCAGGCCACACUGUUUUCCAAGCCCAAGCAGAGGAUCCUGAUGAAGGUGUCAAUGGCCUGGUGAUCUACAGUCUGAAACAAAACCCCCGGAAUCUGUUUGCCAUCGAUGAAAGGAACGGCACGAUUACCCUCCUGAGUUCCUUGGAUGCGCACGCUGGUCCUUACCAGAUAGAAAUCUUGGCGUGUGACACUGGGGUGCCCCAGCUCUCCUCGAGCCUCAUCCUAACUGUGUAUGUCCACGAUGUAAACGACAACCCACCCGUGUUUGACCAGAUUUCUUAUGAGGUCACUCUUUCUGAGUCUGAACCUGUGAAUUCUCGGUUCUUCCAAGUUCAAGCUUCUGAUCAGGAUUCGGGGGCCAAUGGAGAAAUCGCAUAUGCAAUUGCAGAGGGCAACACGGGCGGUGCGUUUGGCAUCUUCCCAGAUGGUCAGCUGUACAUAAAAAGUGAACUGGACCGCGAGCUUCAGGACAGAUACGUGUUGUUGGUUGUUGCAUCUGACAGGGCCGUCGAACCCCUUAGUGCCACUGUGAAUGUGACUGUGAUUCUAGAAGAUGUUAAUGACAACAGACCUCUUUUCAACAGCACCAAUUACACGUUUUACUUUGAAGAGGAACAGGCUGCCGGGUCAUUUGUGGGCAAAGUCAGUGCUGUCGAUAAAGAUUUUGGGCCCAAUGGAGAAGUAAGGUAUUCUUUUGAGAUGGUGCAGCCCGACUUCGAGUUACAUGCCAUCACUGGGGAAAUCACAAGCACACGACAGUUUGACAGGGAGUCUUUCAUGCGACAGAGAGGGAACGCAAUGUUUAGCUUCACAGUUAUCACCACUGACCAAGGGCUCCCUCAUGCACUCAAGGACCAGGCGACUGUCCACGUGUAUAUGAAGGACAUAAAUGAUAACGCUCCUAAAUUUUUAAAAGACUUUUACCAAGCUACCAUAUCAGAGACAGCAGCCAACCUGACCCAGGUUUUAAGAGUAUCGGCUUCCGAUGUGGAUGAAGGCAACAACGGACUGAUUCAUUACUCUCUUGUCAAAGGAAAUGAAGAAAAGCAUUUUGCUGUGGAGAGCACAUCUGGUCAGGUGACUCUCAUUGGCACCCUGGAUUAUGAAACCACACCCGCCUAUUCCCUAGUAAUCCAGGCAGUGGAUUCGGGAGCCAUCUCCCUCAACUCAACCUGCAUCCUGAACAUAGAGAUUUUGGACGAAAACGACAAUAGUCCCUCCUUCCCCAAGUCCACGCUGCUCGUGGAUGUUUUGGAAAACAUGAGGGUUGGAGAGCUGGUGUCGUCGGUGACAGCCACCGACUCGGAUUCGGGUGACAAUGCCGAUUUGCACUACAGCAUCACGGGGACCAACAACCACGGCACCUUCAGCAUCAGCCCCAACACCGGCAGCAUUUUUCUCGCCAAGAAACUGGACUUCGAAACCCAGUCUUUGUAUAAACUAAAUAUCACCGCCCAAGACCGCGGCAGGCCCCCUCGAUCGUCCACCAUGUCGGUGGUGAUCCAAGUGAGGGACUCCAACGACAAUGCUCCCAGCUUCCCGCCCGGGGACAUCUUCAAGUCCAUCGAGGAGAACAUCCCUGUGGGGUCGCCGGUGAUCUCGGUGACGGCGCACGACCCCGACGCAGACAUCAACGGGCGGCUGGCCUACGCCAUCGUGCAGCAGCGGCCCCGGGGCGGCCACUUCCGCAUAGACGAGGCCCAGGGGCUCAUCUACACCAGCGCGGAGAUCGACCGCGAGUUCUCCAACCUCUUCGAGCUGACCGUGAAGGCCAGCGACCAGGCCGUGCCCCUGGAGAGCCGGCGCUGCGCCCUGAAGAACGUCACCAUCUUGGUGACGGAUCUCAACGACAACGUGCCCACGUUCGUGUCGCAGGACGCGCUGGCGGUGGACCCGGCUACCGUGGCCGGCUCGGUGCUCACCACGCUGCUGGCCGCCGACCCGGACGAAGGCGUCAACGGGGAGGUGGAGUACGAGAUCGUGCGCGGGGACGCGGGGACCUUCAGCGUGGACCGCUACAGCGGGGACCUGCGCGUGGCCUCGGCCCUCGCGCCCGCGCGCCUCCUCUACAGCCUCCUGGUGGCCGCCACCGACCUGGGCCCCGAGCGCAGGAGGUCCACCACGGAGCUCACCAUCAUCCUGCGGGGCCCGGGAGGGCCCGCCUUCACGCAGCCCAAGUACAUCACUAUCCUGAAGGAGGGGGAGCCCGUGGGCACCGAUGUCAUCGCGGUGGAAGCCGCCAGCCCGGGGGCCCUGGCCGCCGUUGAGUAUUACAUCGUCUCCGUGCGCUGCGAGGAGAAGACCGUGGGGCGCCUCUUCACCAUCGGGCGGCACUCGGGCGUCGUGCAGACCGCCGCCGUCCUGGAUCGCGAGCAGGGCGCCUGUCUCUACCUGCUGGACGUCUAUGCCAUCGAGAAAUCGGCGGCUUCACCCAGGACGCAGCGAGCACAGGUGGAAAUCACGCUUCAGGACGUCAACGACAACCCGCCCGUGUUCCCGGCCGACACGCUGGACCUGACCGUGGAGGAGAACGUGGGCGACGGCGCGCGGAUCCUGCAGCUCAGCGCCGUGGACGCCGACGAGGGAGCCAAUGCUGUGGUCACUUAUGCCAUCAUUAGUGGGGCUGAUGAUAGCUUCCGCCUCGACCCUGAGUCUGGAGAGCUGGUAGCCACCAGGAGGCUGGACCGGGAGCGCCGCUCCAAGUACUCGCUGCUGGUCCGCGCCGAUGAUGGGCUGCAGUCCUCCGACAUGAGGAUCAACAUCACUGUCAGCGAUGUGAACGACCACGCACCCCGCUUCUCCCGGCCCGUGUAUUCAUUCGACAUCCCUGAAGACACCAGUCCGGGUUCCUUGGUAGCAGCUAUUUUAGCUACCGAUGAUGACUCUGGUGUGAAUGGAGAAAUUACAUACACUGUGGAUGAAGAUGAUGAAGAUGGCAUAUUUUUUCUGAACCCGGUUACUGGAGUCUUUAAUCUGACCCGAGUGUUAGAUUAUGAAACACAGCAGUAUUAUAUCCUCAGUGUUCGUGCAGAAGAUGGCGGGGGACAAUUCACUACUGUCAGAGUUUAUUUCAACAUACUGGAUGUCAAUGAUAAUCCACCCGUGUUCAGCCAGAGUUCUUACAGCACCUCCGUGAUGGAGAAUCUACCUGUGGGCUCCACUGUGCUGGUGUUUAACGUUACUGAUGCAGAUGACGGUGCCCGCGCCCAGCUGGCAUUCAGCAUCGCGUCGGGGGACAGCCUGGGGCAGUUCGCGGUGGACAGCGGCGGGGCGCUGACGGUGCGCCGGGCCCUGGACCGCGAAAGCCAGUCCUUCUACAACCUGGUGGUGCAGGUGCACGACGAGCCGCCGCCGCCUGCCCCGCGCUUCACCAGCGCCGCGCAGGUCUCCAUCAUCCUGCUGGACGUGAACGACAACCCGCCCGAGUUCCUGUCCCCGCGGCUCACCUUCGUGCCGGAGAACACCCCGCUCGACACGGUGAUCUUCACGGCGCGCGCCGUCGACCCGGACAGCGGGCCCAACAGCUACAUCGAGUACUCGCUGCUGCCGCCCGCCGGCCGCUUCCGCAUCGGCACCAUCGACGGCCGCGUGCGGCUGGCGGGCGAGCUGGACCGCGAGGCGGCCGCGCGCCACACGCUCACCGUGCUGGCCACCGACAAGGGGCAGCCGCCGCGGUCGGCGCGCGCCGAGGUGGCCGUGACCGUCCUGGACGUGAACGACAACAGCCCAGUGUUCGCGCGCGCCGCGCUGGCGCUGGAGGUGAGCGAGGCCACGCCCCCCGGCACGGACCUCGCGCGCCUGCGCGCCGAUGACGCCGACCAGGGCCCCAACGGGCAGGUGCGCUACAGCCUGGCAGGCGGCGACGCCCUGCACGAGUUCCGCAUCGACUCCGUCACCGGCUCCCUGGCCGUGGCCAAGGCCCUGGACCGCGAGCGCACCGCCGCCUACCUCCUCACGGUGCAGGCCGCCGACCGCGGCAGCACUCCGCGCUCGGCCACCGCCGCCGUCCGUGUGGUCCUGCUGGACGUCAACGACUGCGUCCCCGCCUUCGAGCUCUCCCCAUACUCCAUCCGGGUCCCCGAGAACCUGGAGGCCCUGCCCAGCACCGUGCUGCAGGUGGUGGCGACAGAUCACGACCAGGGAGACAACGGCAAGCUCUCGUAUGCUCUGCUCGGUGGGAACGAAGAGCAGGCCUUCACGCUGUCACCCAGCGGGGAGCUGAGAGUCACGCAGAGUUUGGACAGGGAGAAGAAGGACCGCUUUGUCUUGUUGAUUUCAGCGACAGAUUCGGGAUCCCCUGCCCUGACCGGAACUGGAACGAUCCAUGUUAUUGUAGAUGACAUCAAUGACAAUGUCCCCACUUUUGCCAGCAAAAUGUAUUUCACGGAGAUUCCUGAAGAUGCACCCACAGGAACUGAUGUGUUGUUGGUAAAUGCCUCAGAUGCAGACUCAUCAACAAAUGCAGUCAUAAGUUACAGCCUCAUGGGUGGAAACGCUCAGUUCACCAUCAACCCAUCUACAGGACAAAUCAUCACCAGUGCAUUGCUAGACAGGGAAACCAAAGACAACUACACUUUAGUGGUGGUGGCCAGUGACGCCGGGUCCCCGAAGCCUCUCUCCAGUUCCACCAGUGUGCUGGUCACUGUGGCUGAUGUCAAUGAUAACCCGCCGAGGUUUCAGCACCACCCAUACGUCACACACAUCCCAUCUCCCACUCCUCCAGGCACCUUCGUGUUCGCGGUGACCGUCACGGAUGCCGACCUCGGGCCCAACUCCGAGCUACACUAUUCGCUCUCGGGGAGGAGCUCAGAGCAGUUCCACGUGGACCCCCUGCGCGGCGCCAUCACGGCGGCCGUGCCGCUGAGCGGGGGCCCCGAGGUGACCUUCGCGGUGCACGUGAAGGACGGAGGGUCGCCCCCCAAGGCCGACUCCACCACUGUGACCGUCAGGUUUGCCAGCCAGGCGGACUUCCCGAGCGUGCAGGCUGCGGAGCGGACGCUGGUGUUCCCGGAGAGCCAGGCGCCAGGCACGCUGGCCACCACAGCCUCGGGCGCCGCGCCCCGGGGCGGUGCGCUCUCUUUCUACCUGGCCAGCGGGAACCUGGGCGGCGCCUUCCGCGUGGACCCGCUCACGGGCCGCGUGACCGUCAGCCACUCCCUCGACUUCGAGCGCACGCAGAGCUACGAGCUGUGGAUCGAGGCCCGCGACGCGGGCUUCCCGCCCUUCUCCUCCUACGAGAAGCUCGACAUCACGGUCCUGGACGUCAACGACAACGCGCCCCGCUUCACCCGAGACCCCUUCGAGGCCGCCGUCCCCGAGAACCUCCCGCCCCGGGCCGUCCUCGACGUGUCUGCGCUCGACCCGGACAGCGGGCCCAAUGGCCAGGUGGACUACGCAAUUGUGGACGGCAACGCGGACGGCAGCUUCAGCAUCCACCCGGCCACCGGGGAGAUCCGGAGCACCCGCGCGCUGGACCGCGAGAGGCGGGCGCGCUACGCGCUCACGGUGAGCGCCCGCGACCGGGGCGCCCCGGCCCUGAGCGCCUCGGCGCGCGUGCUUGUCAGCGUCCUGGACGAGAAUGACAACGCGCCGCGCUUCUCGCAGAUCUUCACGGCCCGCGUGCCCGAGAGCGCGCCGCUGGGCGCCACCGUGACGCGCGUCACCACGUCCGACGAGGACACGGGCGCCAACGCCGUGAGCCGGUACGCGCUGGCCGACCCCAGCCUCCCCUUCUCCAUCCACCCCGCCACCGGCGACAUCCUUGUCAGCCGGCCCCUGGACCGCGAGGACGCCGACCGCUACCGCAUCCGCGUCUCGGCCCACGACUCCGGGUGGACCGUGAGCACCGACGUGGCCAUCUUCGUGACAGACGUGAACGACAACGCCCCGCGCUUCAGCCGGCCGUCCUACCACCUCGACUGCCCCGAGCAGGCGGCGCCGGGCGCCAGCGUGGCGCGCGUCUUGGCCGCCGACCCGGACGAGGGCCCCAACGGCCAGGUGUUCUACCUGAUCAAGUCCCGCUCCGAGUAUUUCGGGAUCAACGCCAGCAGUGGGGAGAUCUUCAACAAGCAGCCGCUCCGGUUCCAGAACGUGAGCGGCGCCGGCAACCUGAACGUCAACCGGCACAGCUUCGUGGUGACGGCGUCCGACCGGGGCGCGCCGGCGCUGCGCAGCGAGACCACCGUCACCGUGCGCGUGCUGGACAGCAACGACCACGCGCCGCGCUUCCUCCGCGCCGCCUAUGCCACCCCCGUGGCCCGCACCGCCCAGCCGGGCACCCGGCUGCUCCAGGUCACGGCCGUGGACGACCGGGACUUCGGGCUCAACGCGCAGGUGGCGUACGCGCUGUCGGCCGAGCGCCCCGCGGGGCGGUUCGCACUGGACAACGCCACGGGGUGGAUAUCCGUGGCCGCGCCCCUGACCGCAGACCUGGAUCAGGAGUUCGUGCUCACUGUGACGGCCGCGGACCGGGGCAGCCCCCCGCUGUCGGCCCAGGCCACCGUGCGCAUCACCGUCACUGAGGAGAACGCACACGCACCCGAGUUCUCCCAGAGCCACGUGAGCGUGCGCGUCCCCGAGAGCCAGGCCGUCGGGGCGGCGGUACGCGCGCUGUGGGCCCGGGACCGGGACGCAGGCCCCAACGGCGCCGUCACCUACAGCCUCUCCUCCGGGAACGAGGACGGCACGUUCGCCAUCAACGUGUCCACGGGGCUCCUGAGCUUAGCCAAGGCCCUGGACUACGAGCGGCGCCACGUGCACGAGCUGACGGUCCGCGCCACCGACGGGGGCUGGCUCGCCAGGACCGGGCUCUGCAGGGUCACCGUGCAGGUGGAGGACGUGAACGACAACUCCCCGACCUUCGACCCCGAGGAGUACUCCCUCACCGUGGUGGAGAACGCGCCUAGCGGGACCACGGUGGCCCGCCUGCGCGCCACGGACGCCGACUCGGGCGCCCACGCCGCCGUGGCCUACAGCGUGCAGGCCUCGGACAGCGACCUCUUCAUCGUGGACCCCAACACGGGCGUGCUCACCACGCAGGGCUUCCUGGACUUCGAGAGCAAGCAGAGCUACCAGCUCACCGUGAAGGCCUUCAACGUGCCCGACGAGGAGCGCUGCGGCUUCGCCACGGUACGCGUGCAGCUGCAGGGCGCCAACGAGUACGUGCCGCGCUUCGUGUCCAGGCUCUACCGCUUCCAGGUCUCGGAGGACGCGCCCCGGGGCACCGCGGUGGGCGAGGUGUUCGCCAGUGACCGCGACCUGGGCCCGGACGGGGAGGUCCACUACCUGCUGUUCGGGAGCAGUAGGAAGAAGGGCUUCCAGAUCCACGAGCACACGGGGCAGAUCUACGUGUCCGGGCCUCUGGACCGGGAAAGAGAAGAGCGGGUGUCCCUGAAGGUGCUGGCCAAGAACGCGGGCGUGAUCCGGGGCGCGGACGUGGACGAGGUGACAGUCAACGUGACGGUGCUGGACGCCAACGACCCCCCAGUGUUCAGCCAAGCCGUGUACCGGGUGCAGGUGAGCGAGGGCGUUCCCGUGGGCACGCACGUGACCUUCGUCAGCGCCUCGGACGCCGACUCCACCCCCAGCUGGAGCCGCUUCUCCUACUCCCUGGGGUCCGGGAACGACGGGGGCGCCUUCUCGGUGCACCCCCAGACGGGGCAGAUCACGGUGACGGCCGAGCUGGACCGCGAGGCCCUCCCUGUCUACAACCUAACGGUGCUGGCGGCCGACUCGGGCUCGCCCCGGGCCACGGGCAGCGCCGCCGUGCUGGUCACCCUGGAGGACGUGAACGACAACGGGCCGCGGCUGUCCACCCGCGAAGGCGAGGUGACGGAGAACCAGCGCCCCGGCACGCAGGUGCUCACGCUGCGCGCCACCGACCCCGACCUGCCCCCGAACCAGGGCCCCUUCACCUACCAGCUCCUGAGCGCCGGCCCCACCGACGGCUACUUCCACCUGAGCGCCGCUGGGGUGCUGAGCACCGCCCGCGAGAUCGACCGCGAGCAGACAGCCGAGUUCCGGCUGUUGGUGCUCACCCGGGACUCGGGCGUCCCGCAGAUGUCCUCCACGGGCACCGUGCGCAUCGCCGUGCGCGACCAGAACGACAACCCCUCGCAGCCGCGUGCCCUCGACAUCUUCGUGCACUACUUCGGGGCGGUGUUCCCGGGCGGGCUCCUGGGCUCGGUGAAGCCGCAGGACCCCGACGUGCUGGACAGCUUCCGCUGCACCCUCACGUCGGGCGCAAGCAGCCUCUUCAGCAUCCCCGCGGGUGGCUGCGAGCUGAGCGCCCAGCCACGCUCCUCGGACGGGGCCUUCGAGCUGGCGGUGCUCAGCAGCGACGGCCUGCACGGCGCCGUCACCAGCCGCGUGCGCGUGCUCUUCGCCGCCUUCUCCAACGCCACAGUGGACAACAGCGUGGUACUGCGGCUGGCUGUGCCCACGCUGCGCGACUUCCUCGCCAGCCACUACCUGCCCUUCCUACGCGUGGCUGGCGCACAGCUCACGGGCCUGGGCACCGCCGUCCAGCUGUAUGCAGCCUACGAGGAGAACAACCGCACCUUCCUCCUGGCGGCCGUGAAGCGGCCCGGCAACCAGUACGUGAACCCCAGUGGCGUGGCCACCUUCUUCGAGAGCAUUAAGGAGCUGCUCCUGCGCCAGAGCGGGGUCCGGAUCGAGUCCACCGACCACGACGCGUGUGCCCAGGGGCCCUGCCAGAACGGGGGCAGCUGCGUCCGGAGACUGGCCGUGAGCCCCGCCCUGCGCAGCCGCGAGAGCCUCCCGGUCAUCCUGGUGGCCAACGAGCCCCUGCCGCCCUUCUUCUGCCGGUGUCUGCCGGGCUACUCGGGCAGCUGGUGCGAGACGGACCUCGACGAGUGCCUGCCUGCCCCGUGCCACAACGGCGGCACCUGCCACAACCUGGUGGGCAGCUUCUCCUGCAGCUGCCCAGAAGGCUUCACCGGGAGGGCCUGCGAGAGAGACAUCAACGAAUGUCUGCCCAGCCCUUGCCAAAACGGAGCCAUCUGCCAGAACUUUCCAGGAGGCUUCAGCUGUGCUUGCAAAACGGGAUAUACAGGGAAAAUGUGUGAGUCAUCAGUCAAUUAUUGUGAAUGCAAUCCGUGCUUCAAUGGUGGCUCUUGCCAAAGUGGCAUGGAUACAUACUACUGCCACUGUCCAUUUGGUGUCUUCGGCAAGCACUGUGAGCUGAACAGUUACGGCUUUGAGGAAUUGUCAUACAUGGAGUUUCCAAGCUUGGAUCCCAAUAACAACUAUAUUUAUGUCAAAUUUGCCACUAUCAAAAGUCAUGCAUUAUUGCUUUACAACUAUGACAACCAGACUGGAGAGAGGGCUGAGUUCCUGGCCCUUGAAAUCGCUGAGGAAAGACUACGGUUCUCGUAUAACCUAGGCAGUGGCACUUAUAAGCUCACCACCAUGAAGAAGGUGUCUGAUGGACAAUUUCACACUGUUAUUGCCCGGAGAGCAGGAAUGGCUGCCUCCUUAACUGUGGACUCCUGCUCGGAGAACCAGGAUCCAGGGUACUGCACCGUCAGCAACGUGGCCGUCUCUGAUGACUGGACCCUGGAUGUGCAGCCGAACCGCGUGACUGUGGGCGGCCUCCGCUCGCUGGAGCCCGUCCUGCAGAGGCCUGGGCACGUGGAGAGCCACGACUUUGUGGGCUGCAUCAUGGAGUUUGCUGUCAAUGGAAGGCCUCUGGAGCCCAGCCAGGCCUUGGCCGCCCACGGCCUCCUAGACCAAUGCCCCAGACUGGAAGGAGCUUGCACGCGGGCACCGUGCCAGCAUGGUGGCGUCUGCGUGGACCACUGGUCAUGGCAGGAGUGUCGCUGCCGAGAGGGCCUGGCAGGGAAGCACUGUGAGAAAGCUAUGACCGCAGACACAGCCUUGUCGUUAGAAGGCAAGGGGCGCCUAGAUUACCACAUGAGCCAGAGCGAGAAGAGGGAGUACCUGCUGCGGCAGAGCCUGCGCGGGGCCCCCGCCGAGCCCUAUGGUGUGAAGAGUCUCGAGGUCAAAUUCAGGACAAGAAGUGAGAAUGGCAUUUUAAUCCACAUCCAAGAAAGCAGCAAUUACACCACCGUGAAGAUCAAGAACGGCAAAGUGCAUUUCACCUCUGACGCAGGGAUUGCUGGGAAAGUGGAAAGAAACAUUCCCGAAGCUUAUGUGGCGGAUGGACACUGGCAUACUUUCUUAAUUGGGAAGAAUGGAAGUGUCACGGUAUUGUCCAUCGACAGAGUGUACAGCAGAGAUAUCCUUCACCCCACUCAGGAUUUCGGUGGUCUCGACGUACUCACCAUAUCUCUUGGAGGAAUCCCACCCAACCAAGCUCACAGAGAUGCCCAAACAGGGCUCAGUGGCUGCAUCGCGUGGGUGCUGUACGGAGGCGAAAGCCUCCCUUUCAGUGGGAAGCAUACUCUGGCGUCCAUCUCGAAAACAGAUCCCUCGGUGAAGAUCGGCUGCCGUGGGCCCAACAUCUGUGCCAGCAACCCCUGCUGGGGCGACCUGCUGUGUCUGAACCAGUGGUACGCCUACAAGUGCGUGCCCCCCGGGGACUGCGCCUCCCACCCGUGCCAGAACGGGGGCAGCUGCGAGCCGGGCCUCCAUGCGGGCUUCACCUGCAGCUGCCCCGAGUCCCACACCGGGAGGACCUGUGAGACCGCGGUGGCCUGCUUGGGCGUGCUGUGCCCGCAGGGGAAGGCGUGCAAGGCCGGGAGUCCCGGCGGGCACGUGUGCGUGCUCAGCCCCGGCCCGGAGGAGAUCUCGCUCCCGCUGUGGGCAGUGCCCGCCAUCGUGGGCGGCUGCGCCACCGUCCUCGCCUUCCUGGUCCUGAGCCUCAUCGUAUGCAAUCAGUGCCGCCGAGGGAAGAAAGCCAAGGGUCCCAAGCAGGAGAAGAAACCCAAGGAGAAGAAGAAGAAGAAGAAAAAGAAAAAGGGCAGCGAGAACGUGGCUUUCGACGACCCGGACCACAUCCCUUCCUACGCGGAUGACCUGACGGUGCGCAAGCAGCCCGAGGGGAACCCCAAGCCGGACAUCAUCGAGCGGGAGAACCCCUACCUCAUCUACGACGAGACGGGGCUCCCCCACGGCGCGGAGACCGUCCCCAGCGCCCCCCUGGCCUCCCCGGAGCAGGAGAUCGAGCACUACGACAUCGACAACGCCAGCAGCAUCGCGCCCUCGGACGCCGACAUCAUCCAGCACUACCGGCAGUUCCGCAGCCACACGCCCAAGUUCUCCAUCCAGCGGCACAGCCCGCUGGGCUUCGCCCGCCAGUCCCCGCUGCCCCUGGGCGCGGGCAGCCUCCCCUACCCGCCGGCGCACGGGCCCGGGCUGCGGAGCGGCUCGCUCAGCCACUCGGCCUGCCCCACGCCCAACCCGCUGUCCCGGCAUAGCCCCGCGCCCUUCUCCAAGGCGGCCUCGGCCUUCUACAGCCACAGCCCUGCGCGCGAGCUCCACCUGCCCCUGCGGGACGCGGGCGAGCGCGACGCGGGCCCGCCCGGCCUCUUCCCCUACGCUGCCGCCUCCGCCGCCGCGCGGCUCGGGAGGCGCAGCAAAAGCCCGCAGGCCGCCGCGGCCCCGCCCGGCUCUAGGCCCGGCAGCCGCCUCAAGCAGCCCGCGGGGCCGCUGCCACUGGACGCCUCCCCGCCCGUGGGGCUCAGCCUCGAGGAGGUGGAGCGGCUCAACACCCCGCGGCCCCGGAACCCCAGCAUCUGCAGCGCCGACCACGGCCGCUCCUCGUCGGAGGAGGACUGCCGCCGGCCGCUGUCGCGCACCAGGAACCCGGCCGACGGGCUCCCGGCCCCGGACUCGUCCUCCGACAGCGACUCGCACGAGUCCUUCACGUGCUCCGAGAUGGAGUACGACCGCGACAAGCCCCUGGCCUACAUGUCCCGCGUGCCCAAGCUGUCGCAGGUGAACGAGUCGGACGCGGACGAGGAGGACGCCUACGCGGCCCGGCUGCGGCCCCGCCGCCUCCACGGGCGCCGGGCGGAGGGCGGCCCCGGCCCCGUGGGCGCCCAGGCCGCGCCGGGGGCGGGGGCCGGGGCGGACGGCGCGCUGAGGCUGGGCGCCACGCAGGCGGGCGCGCUAGGCUGGGACAGCCUGCUGAGCUGGGGCCCGGGCUUUGGCCACUAUGCCGACGUCUUCAUCGACCUGGCCUCGCUCCCCGAGAAGGCCGUGGCCAAGGAGGACGCGGGGCCACCACCCCAGCCGGGCCCCGACAACGGCGGCGAGGCCGAGCAGAGCAUGUGAGGCGCGCACCCACG